AUGGAUCACGCAGUGUUCGAGGACUGGCUGAGAUCGUCUGUCCCCUUGAUGAAGGACUUUGCGGCGGGGCGAAAUGUCACUCUAGUGAUGGACAAUGCUCCUUACCAUACCAGAGUUCCUAGAGGAAGGUCCCGAGUAGACGGUCCGCAGUGCGUGAAUUAUAGACUGGACUACUUCGUAGCUAGCCGAGGUGGCGCUGCAGCAUUGCGCUGCUACGCUGCUGACAAGAUCUGCGAGGAUAUGGGGUGA